AUGACUGUCGAAGAAAUCUCCGCCGCUGAGGCGCGCACCAAGCUGGCCUACAAGAACAGAUGGAAGACCAUUGCUUCUAACCCCAAGAUCGUUGUUAUUGCCCUUUUCGCAUCCUUCGGUGGUUUCGAAUAUGGAUACCAACAAGGUGUACUCGGACAAUCCCUUGUCAUGACACGCUUCAAGGACAACUUCCCUUCCGUCGUUGACUCAUCCAGCGCUACCGGCUGGUUGACCUCUAUCCUGCAACUCGGUGGUAUCCUGGGCUCCGUCAGCGCUGGUGUCUUUGGCGAAGUCUUCUCCCGAAAGUACACCAUGUUCUCCGCCUGUCUCUGGGUCGUCCUCGGCAGUUACCUGUACACUGGCGCAAGCUACCACAAGCCCGAGCUUCUGUACGCUGGACGAUUCUUCACUGGUCUCGGUGUCGGAACCUUCAGCGGUGUUGGUCCCCUCUACAACGCCGAGCUUGCCGCCCCCGAAAUGCGUGGUUUCAUCGUGUCUUUCUACCAAUUCGCAACCAUUCUGGGAAUCAUGCUUAGUUUCUGGAUUGGAUAUGGCAGCAACUACAUCGGCGGCACUGGCAUUGACCAGUCCGACCUGGCUUGGAAGCUUCCUUCUUAUAUCCAGGGCGUCCCUGCAGCUCUGCUCGCCCUCGGCAUCUGGUGGCUUCCCUUCUCUCCUCGUUGGCUGGUCAAGCAAGGCCGCGAUGAGGAGGCUGUCAAGACUAUCGCCUAUCUCCGCAAGCUUGAUGUCGAGAGCGAACUUGUCCAGGUCGAGUUCAAGGAGAUCAAGGCCGAGGCUCUCUUCGAGCAGCGUUCUUUCCAGAAGGCCUUCCCUCAACUCGCCGAGAAGGAGAAGACCAGCGUGUGGAUGCGCGAGGUCGCUCAGUACUGGCAGAUUGUGCGCUCGUGGCCUCACUUCAAGCGUGUGGCUACUGCGUGGCUGGUGAUGUUCUGGCAGCAAUGGUCUGGUAUUGAUGCCAUCAUCUACUAUGCUUCCAACGUCUUCCAAAGCCUGGGUCUCACUGGAGGCACCACCGCUCUGCUCGCUACUGGUGUCACUGGCGUCGUCUUCUUCGUUUCAACUCUCCCCGCUAUGGCUAUCAUCGACAAGGUCGGCCGAAAGCCCAUCCUGAUUGUUAGCUCCAUUGUGAUGUUGAUCUCGAUGGUCAUUCCCGCCAUCAUCGUUGCCAAGUUCAGCCACGACUGGCCCGGCCACCCUGUUGAGGGUUGGGUUGCUGUCGCGUUCAUCUGGAUCUACAUCGCUGGUUUCGGAGCCGGCUGGGGUCCCGUCUCAUGGACCUUGGUGAGCGAGAUCUUCCCCCUCUCCAUUCGUGCCAAGGGCGCAUCCAUCGGCGCCUCAAGCAACUGGCUCAACAACUUCGCCGUCGCCUUCUACGUCCCCUCCAUGCUGGAAGCCUGGGAGUGGGGCACCUACCUCUUCUUCGCCGUCUUCCUGUUCUGCGGCAUCCUGUGGGUGCACUUCUGCCUUCCCGAGACCAAGGGAGCCACCCUCGAGGAGAUGGAUCGCGUUUUCGGCAGCAACACGGGCCACGAGGACGGCAUCAUGCUGCAGCAGGCCAGGCGCGAUGUCGGUCUCACUGAAGAACUGGAGGACAACGCUAUCCACGCUGAGAAGAAGGGUCUGCAUGAGACCUCCCAGCACGAGAGCGUCUGA